CCUGUGCUUCCACAUCUCCCCGGUCUUGAGACGAAACACCGAUCUCAGUUAUCCGCCCGCUCGCCAUCAUGGACUCCCCCACUCCCGCCGCCGUCGCUGCUGCUCCGUCCACCGCGGCUCCGUCCAAACCCGCCAUUGCCGUUCCUGGUCCCGGCGGUCGCAUCUAUCAGAACUAUGACAUCAAUCUUGAGGGUGCAAGAGAGCAGAUCUCGGACAUUGGUCUCGCUGUUGUCCCCAACGUCCUCAGCCCGGAUGAGUGUGUCUCGCUGCGGGACGACACCUGGAGGGAGCUCAAGCGCAUCACUCGCAGCCAGUUCGACUAUGAGAACCCUAGCACUUGGCCGCAGUAUCGCAGCAAGCUCAAGCCCCUCAGAGACAUGCUGAUGCACUGCGGCGAUAUUGGCCACAUGCAGUCGCUGUGGGACGCCCGCCAGCACCCCAGUGUCGUCCAGGCGUUCGCCCGUCUGUGGUCCACCACCAUGGACGAUCUCAUUUGUUCGUUCGAUGGACUGUCGGCGCAUCUGCCGCUUCCCAAUGACGACAAGAAGAUCGCCGCCGGGGCCUCGGGCACCCGAAAGAAGGGCCUUCACGUCGACCAGGGCCGCACCAAGGAUGGCCUCCAGUGCAUCCAGGGCCUGAUCCCUCUGUACGAUGUCCACUAUGGCGACUCGUCGCUGCACCUCAUCGAGGGCUCGCAUCUCCACUACGACGACUACUUCAGGCGCUAUCCCUUCCGCAACGACAGCGACUUUGUGUUUGUUAACCACCCCGAGUUCCACCUGAACCGCGGCUGCCGCGAGACCUUUGUCCAGGCCACCGCCGGCUCAUUGAUAUUGUGGGACUCCCGUCUCGUCCACGAGGCCGGCUCGGUCCUGCCCCAGGCGCUGCGGGCGAUGCCCAACAACCCUCGCAUGGUCUUGUACAUCUGCAUGAUACCGCGCGAGAAGGCCACGGAGGCAGAUCUCCGGGGCCGCAUCAACGCCUUCAAGGAACUUCAGACAACGUCGCACUACCCCGUUCCGCUCCAGGUUUUUAGCCCCAUCCGCGGCUACAAGAACUUGAAUCCGGUGCGACGACCGUUCUUGACGCCACUGGGCAGACGGCUCGUUGGAUUCGAGAAGUGAGUCGACAUCGAACAGGCGCGGGGGCAGA